AUGAAACAACUUGUUAACAAGGUUAGAUUGUUCUCCUUACAGGGUUCAUCACCAUCUUCGGGAUUCAUUCAAACUCUCAAAUCAUCAUCGUCAAUAUUUACAAUGACUAGAAAUUUCUCAUCAUCACAAUUUCUCAACACAACAAGUAAUAAAAGGGAAAAAACUCUCGAAAAUUAUUUAUUCACCAAUAACAAGAUUGAAUGCCUGAGGGAAUUGUAUAGGAUUGGAUUGUUGGAUUUCAGAGAAAGGUUAUCCACCACUAAGGAUAGAGAUUUUAUUAUGAAAUUACUCGAUUCAAAAUCGGAAUUUAUUCAAAUUGAUCAUUUGCCAGAGGAAUUUAGGAAGGAUAAGGAGGUGAUUAUGAAAUUGAACAGAUUGGUUCUCGAUCAUCUUCCAGAAGAAUUGCUACAUGACAGAGAUGUCAUUAACAAAUUAUUAGACUUGAAUUCACAUAUUCAUGAUCAUGACUGGUCAAAGGUGAUACCUUUGAUUAAAGAUGAUAAAGAACUCAUGUUAAAGGCCAUUAGAAAACAAGGAGAAUGUAUCAAAUUUGCUAGUGAAAAAUUGAGAAACAAAAAGGCAGUAGUAUUAAUGGCUGUCAAAAGUAAUCCACUCGCUUUGCAAUUUGUUGAAGAGAAAUUCAAGAAUGACAAGUCAAUUGUCUCAAAGGCUGUAAAGUUAAAUGGUGCUGCUUUGAAAUUUGCAAGCGAUACUUUUAAAUCAGAUCCAGAAAUUGUCAUGCAAGCUGUCAAUUCAAAUCCAUAUUCUAUUGCACAUGCAACUGAUAAUCUCAAGAAUGAUCCAAAGAUUGCCAUGGCUGCCAUUAAAUCUGGUCAAGAUUAUGGAUUAAUAGAAACAGGCAUGGGUAAUCAUCCACAAUAUAUUUUGCAAUUUGUUGGAAAGGAACUGUUAAAGGAUAAGGAAUUCAUGAUUAAGGCUCUCAAAAUUGAGCCCGGUUUUUCUUAUAGUUGCUAUUGUAGCAGGGAUCCAGAUGUGAUUCUCUCAUUGGGACUCAAAGCUCCAUUAUCAAUGUCGGAUAAGGAUUUGUUGGAAAAUAAGCAAUUUACCAAUAAGUACUUUAAAAGAAUUGUGAAAGAUUUGUUUGGAAAUGGAUCUCUCGCUGACAGCAUCUGUAAACAAGUAGUCAAUCCUGCAGAAGAAAUUAAAGAAUUCAUUGAAAAUUACAAAGGAUUUAUAAAGAGAAAUCUGGAAAAGGUUGACACUAGAGAAUCAGCUCUUCAAUACUUGAUUCAUUUCAAAGAAAUACCUGCAAAGUACAGAUCGGACAGAGAACUUAUUAAGGAACUAUUCAAAAAGAAAAAACCAUUACUAAUCCUCAAUGACAAACUCCAACAAAUGAUAGAUCCAAAUUUAUGGAACGAUAUGGAAUUCAUGAAAGAACUUGUUAAGAUAGAUCCAUAUAGUAUUGUAUUUGUUUCAGAUGAAAUGUUAAAAUGUGGCCAGCUUUUGAGGAUAAUUUCAAUCGAUGACGCUACUUACUUUCCUGCAAAAUCUUUACAUGGAAUUCCAAGAUUAUUGGCACUAGAAUUGGUGAGUAAGCAGGGAGAAUGGCUUGAGUAUUUGAAUCCAGAAUUAAGGGAUGAUAGAGAAAUUGUAUACAAGGCAGUGUUGAACAAUCCAAGAUCAAUAAGAUAUGCCAGCGAAAGGUUAAAACAAGACAAAAACCUUAUCCAUAUGAUCAUUGAUAAGGGUUUGUAUUUUCAUGAUAUACAUCCAAAUAUCCAAUAUCACUUUGAUAUUAUGAAGAGAGUUUUCGAGAUUAAUAAUCUUCCAUGUACAAUUGAGUAA